AUGCUCUGUGCAGUGCUGGGCCCUAGUCUGACGGGCAAGACCACCGCCGUUCAACAACUUGCCGAGCUCAUCCCUCAUUGCAAGGUCGUUCACUUAGAUGACUACUACUUGACAGACAGCGCAAUCCCCAUUGAUGAGAAGCUGGGUUACGCCAACUGGGACUGUGCUGAGGCCAUCGAUUGGCACCGUCUUAAGCGCGACUUAACGGCCAUCUCUAAUGCGGCGCGCGCCCCUACUAAUGCCACCGAAUCCAUCGAGCCCCAAACAAACCUGGGGUUCCUGGAGCUUCAGGUACAAGACUUGAAAGAUCGAAUUGAGCAAAAGGGUAUUGACAACAUCACCUUCAUUGAGGGCUUUUUGCUUUUCACUGGUGAUGAAGAGCUUGAGAAGCAUUUUCAGCGAAAGCUCUUUGUCUACGGCAGUUAUGACGUGUUGAAGCAGAGACGGGCCAAUCGGGUAUACGUCACCGCAGAAGGGGAGUGGACCGACCCGCCAGACUACUUUGAUGCCAUUGUGUGGCCGGAAUAUGUUCGUAAUUACAAAAGUUUGUUCACUGACCCUCCUGAUUGUCGUGAUUUCAACAAGGCCGCAGCCAGUGCUCGUGGGAUUCGAGGGUUUGACUCGUCCGCCGCGUCGACAUUUGAUCUUACCCUUUGGAUUAUCGAUCAAAUAGCGUAG